AUAAACCCUCUCAAAGGACUCCGACGUCGGUUGCUUAACAUUACAAUAAUUUAAUGCGAGGCGAGAGGAGGUUUCGCGUAAACAAUGACAGACAAAAUAUAAAUGGUAUGUAUGGCAUUCGCGAUAGAAGUGCGCAGUAAGGGUGCGCGUUUACUAGUAGUCAGUUGAUCCUUCGUGCAAAGUUCGCAGUCUGCCGCCAACCGCGCUUGAUGAAACUUUAUUCAGCACCAGCUAUUCCCGUGAAAAAAGAGUUUCGAUGCAUAACAUCCAACAGUGAACGAUCCUUAUCGGUAUAGUUCACGCGCCACGCAAUUCUUCUUCGAUGAACGCUUGUCCCGCGAGAAUAAAAACAAUUCCCACUAUCUUUCGAAACGAAUUCGAAUUCCUGAACAACGAUGAACGGUGAUCGAUAUUUGAUUAACAAUCGCGCGUGACUAAUUAAUUCUGGAAUAUUUAACGAUACAAUUACCACCGUGAAAGCGAAAGUUCGAAUAAACAUGGCAUUGCAUGAAACGUGGACGCCUGAAUCCAUUUAACCGAGAAUUGUUUAUUUUGGAAACGAGUCGAGGCAUGAUUGAAGGAAAAUAACGAUAGCCUCGGCGACAAUGCCAGUUGAAAUGAUUAAAAGUGGUAGAUCGUUGAGACUUUUAAACGAAAUUUUAAACACUCGUUGAACGAAAUUCAACGCGAGUUGCUAUAUUUGUGCGAGAUAUAUACAGUGAAAUUAAUGUUGAAAUAACGGCGACCCACCGGUGUAUAACCUUGGGAAAUAAAAAUAAGUAACUAUUAAAGUGUGUGCACGAGUGCUUGCAAUUGGCACGCGAUGGAAACUAAUCAGGGGCUCUUUAAACGCGUUUCCAAGUGACGCUGUGAAAUUUCAACUCGCGACGCGGAGGAGCCAGCGUAGCGGAAAUCAGGAUAUAGAGAAAAUUCUCGAGGAGAAAGGUCGAGCAACUUCAUCGUCGGAACAAGGUGUGUCUUCAGGUGAAAAUGUUCAGCAAAGGCGUGUCGCAAUGAAUGCGAGCAACAACCAAGAGAACAUCUCCCUGGACAUAUCGAAGGGCUUCGACGCAAGUAACGUGACGGAUCUCGAAGCUGAAAUCGGUUGCGACUAUUUCGCGGGCGUCUACAGUGUCUUCUCGACGAGCUGGUUCCAAGGUAUCAUUUACUUUUUCUACGGCACCGUCUUCGUCAUCGCCCUAAUCGGAAAUGGGCUGGUUUGCUACGUGGUAUACAGCAGUCCUCGAAUGAAAACCGUGACCAACUUCUUCAUCGUGAACCUUGCCCUCGGGGACAUGUUGAUGGCCCUCUUCUGCGUGCCACCCAGUUUCAUCAGCACUCUGAUACUGCAGUACUGGCCAUUCGGCCAGAAACUGUGUCCCACUGUCAAUUACUUGCAGGCUGUGUCCGUCCUAGUCAGUGCGUACACCCUUGUGGCAAUUAGCAUAGAUCGUUAUAUUGCCAUUAUGUGGCCUCUAAAACCGAAGUUGAGCAAACGGCAAGCUCAAUUCCUGAUUUUAGCUGUUUGGAUGCUUGCAAUGACGAUAUCGAUCCCAAUCGCUGUUGUUUCGCAGUUAUCGCAACCCUCGCUGAAGCAUAAAGUGUGUAAACAAUAUGUCUGCGAGGAAAUGUGGCCGUCGAUGAAAAACAAGUAUUAUUACUCUAUCGCAUUAUUGGUUCUUCAGUACGUGAUACCAAUAAUGGUCCUUAUGUUCACGUAUACCAGCAUCGCAGUUAUGGUGUGGGGUAAAAGGCCGCCAGGAGAAGCCGAAAAUGUCAGAGACCAGCGAAUGGCUCGUUCAAAGAGGAAGAUGGUGAAGAUGAUGGUGACAGUCGUGAUAGUAUUCACUAUCUGCUGGCUCCCGUACAACAUACUGAUGUUAAUAAUGGAUAACAACGAAGCAACUGCGAAUUGGUCAGGGCUUCCCUUCAUAUGGACGGUCCUUCAUUGGUUGGCGAUGUCGCAUUCGUGUUACAAUCCGGUAAUUUAUUGUUGGAUGAACGCAAGAUUUCGAAGUGGCUUUAUAACAGCGAUUGGAUGUUUACCUGGAGUCCAUCGAAUUCUUCGUAACGAGAGACGACGUAACAGCAACCACAACGCCAGUAUGAUUGGAAUUCCCUUAACUGGUCUCGAUGGUUCGAGUUACUCUGUUUUGCGACGCAUGAAUACCUGCACGACCUACAUAAGCGUUAGGCGUAAGACAAACGGAAGUCACAGCGCGCCUGUGAGAAGUGUCAGCUUCCGGAAUAACGCGUUCCAUCCAGCGAGUCAACAAUCGCAACAAAUUACCAGUCUCGAAUCUCACUCGGAGGAACAAUUGUAAUAUUUUGUAUAAUUAUAGAAGGCUUUCGAAUCCGCCUCGGAGGUCUCAGACACGAAAAACGAAAGAAUCGUGUGAAAGAUUUGAAAAAAUCUGAAAAUUAACAUGACUGGUCUAGCGAUUAAUUUCUGGAUUCUUUGUGGAAAUUGGUAUUUAAUUUACUAAGUAAAUAAGAGGAAAAGUUGGAAAAUAAAAUUAAAUACGGAGAAAGGGCGCAUGUGAUUAAGAGUGAAGAAAGAGUAAUUUAAGAUACUGUAUGGUUAAAGUAGAAACGGUGAAAUGUAAAAAUAAGAAUAAACUGUAAGGAACGAUAUAGAGCUAAAUGUACUAUGUUGUAAUAAAAAUCGCCUGAAGCGUAUAGGCCAGACUCAACGAUUAAUACACAAUAUACAUAUACAUAUAUAUAGUAUGUAAACAAUGUGGAUUGGAGCAUACAUUUCUCAUAAAUAUUUUUAAAUUUUAUUUCGAGUUACCCAAGGCUUUCUACGAAUAGGAAGAAACACAAAAUUCCUUGAAUUGUAAUCCAACUCGAUUUGCAAUGAAAAGAC